UUAUCUUCUCCUUGAAAGUUGAGAUUUUUCAUCACCAAUAAUUUUCCUAGACAGCCACCCAGGGCUACAUAAAUAUCGGUGAACACAUUCUUUUCUCCUUUAGACAUGUCACCCUCUACGGCCCCCGCCCUGGCACACAAAAUACUCAUACACCAACCCCAUUUUCUCUUGCAGAGUCUCCCAACUGAAUAUAUUCCACCACUUUUGGUAGCACUCAUAUAAUUUUCACCCCAAAAGAGAAGAAUCUAGUCUCAUGGCUUCCCUGCAUCUCCUCUCUCUAAACCACCCCAAAUUCACCCUACAUACUGCUUCUUUUCAAUUAGGUCCCUUAAGAAAAUACAAGUUGAAUCAGAAAAGCAACAAUCUUAGCUUCCAAAAGAGCAUCAAAUGUUCAACAUCCUUAUCAAGUUUAAGCCCAGAGGUAGAGGAGGAAUGUUUGGUUUUAGAAGAAGAGGACGAGCGGCCACUUUCCGAAAUCUGGAAGGAAAUUCAAGGGUGCCACGACUGGGAUGGGCUGCUGGACCCCAUGAACUCCCAUCUCCGCCGCGAAAUCAUCCGCUACGGUGAAUUUGCUCAAGCAUGCUACGACUCUUUCGACUUCGAUCCUCACUCCAAGUACUGCGGUUCAUGCAAAUAUCAAGGAGCCCGUUUCUUCGAAAAGCUUGGGAUGGCCGACCGUGGCUACCAAAUCAGCAGGUACCUUUACGCCACCUCCGACAUUAACCUCCCAAACUUCUACCAGAAAUCAAAGCUAAGCAGUGUGUGGAGCACCCAUGCAAACUGGAUGGGAUACGUCGCCGUAUGCACCGAUGAAGACGAGAUCAAACGGCUAGGAAGACGCGAUAUUGUUGUUUCUUGGAGAGGAACUGUUACGUAUCUUGAAUGGAUUUAUGAUCUCAAGGACAUCCUUCACUCACCAAAUUUCACCAACGACCCUUCCAUUAAAAUGGAGUUAGGGUUUUAUGACUUGUACACCAAGAAAGAGGACACUUGCAACUUUUGCUCCUUCUCGGCUCGUGAACAAGUUUUAGCUGAAAUUAAAAGGCUUCUCGACUACUACGAUGGUGAAGAGAUUAGUAUUACAAUUACAGGGCAUAGUCUUGGGGCAGCUUUGGCUAUAAUAACAGCUUAUGAUAUUGCAGAGUUGGGAGUUAACAUUGUAAAUGAUGGAAGGGUUACCCAUAAAAUACCGAUUACAGUGUACUCUUUUGGCGGCCCUCGAGUGGGCAAUCUUAAGUUCAAGGAACGGUGUGAAAAGCUAGGAGUUAAGGUACUUAGAGUGAUAAAUAUUCACGAUAAAGUACCGACAGUUCCGGGGAUAUUCGCCAAUGAAAAGCUUCAAUUUCAAAAGUAUUUGGAAGAGACGGUAUCUUUUCCAUGGAGUUACGCACAUGUCGGCGUUGAACUGACAUUGGAUCACACCCAUAGCCCGUUUCUGAAACCCGCAAGCGACCUCGGUUGCGCACACAAUCUCGAGGCUCAUUUACACUUGCUUGACGGAUACCAUGGGAAAGGGCGACGGUUCUGCUUGGCUAAUAAGAGGGACAUUGCGCUUGUUAACAAGGACAGCAACUUCUUGAAGAAAGAGUACGGGGUGCCACCGCACUGGCGCCAGGACGAGAACAAAGGGAUGGUAAAAAACAACGACGGCCGUUGGGUUUUGCCGGAGCGGGCGAGAGUGGAGGCUCAUCCACAUGACAUCUCCUACCACCUUAACAAAAUACUAAAGAUUGCUACCGGUUCUUCUCAGCUCAAACAAGCACAAUAAUAAAGCUAUCUUAACUAGUAAAUAAAUACCUAGCUAAUUUCCUUUCUCAUUGUUAGUUGUUUUUCGUUUUUCUUUCUUUCUAUAACUAAUUUUUAAUCUUAUAUGAAUUACACCUAAGUUUACGUAUUUAA